CGGCGCUCCGUCGGGCAGGGGCGUGGGCAGCCCCGGCGCGCGGCGGGCGGCGCAGGACCCCGGGCUCCUCGGCGGCGGCGGCGAUGCUGUGGCCGCGGCUGGCGGCGGCCGAGUGGGCGGCGCUGGCCUGGGAGCUGCUGGGCGCCUCGGUGCUGCUGCUCGCCGUGCGCUGGCUGGUGCGGCGGCUGGAGAAGCCCCGGGGCCUGGGCCGCGGCGGGGCGCCCGGCCCGCAACCCGGUGAGGCCGCAGCUCCGGACCCGGACCCAGGAAGAAUGACCAUGGACGCUGUGUUGGCGCGGCUGAAACUCCUGAACCCAGAUGCACUGAGAGAGGAGAUUGUCAAAGCUGGACUGACGUGUGGACCCAUCACAUCAACCACAAGGUUCAUUUUUGAGAAGAAGCUGGCUCAGGCCUUGCUCAAGCAGGAAGGGUUGCUGUCUUCCUCUUUCCCCAGCUGCCAGGAAGCAGAUGGCAUGGCACUCAGACGAGAGACAUGGAAGUCGGCUGUGGGAAUUCCAGAUGAGCAGGCCAGCCUUCCUGAAGACAGAGAGUUCGGUUAUGAUGUGGGUUUGAACCCUCCCCUGGAAGAGGUUGUGCCAUCCAAGAACUGCCCAGUGCCCUUCUGUGCUGCAACUCAUGUCAGCACCCGCAGAGCUGGCAUGACAGCUGCCAAGGAGCCGCAGCAGUACUAUGGAGUCUGCCCUGCAUAUGAGGACCUUCCUGUGAGAAACGAUCGGAUCCAUGUUUAUGAUGAUAAAAAGGAAGCACUGCAAGCUGUUAAAAUGAUCAAGGGUUCCCGAUUCAAAGCUUUUUCCACCAGAGAAGAUGCUGAGAGAUUUGCUAGAGGGAUCUGUGAUUACUUCCCUUCCCCAAGCAAAGCCUCAUUCCCACCUUCUCCUCUGAGGAGUGCGGCAGUCCUCAACAAUGGUGGGCUCAAAGGUAAAGCAGCCCGACUGCUGUGUGUGAGAGAAGUGCUGUGUCAGGAGAGGAGGAAGGAGUCUCAGCCUAGUUUUGGUGUUUCAGGUCACAAAGGCAGACGUGGUCACCGAAGUCCACGUGUUUGUCGGUCACAAUGUCCUCCUGGAAGUUUGUGUUUAAGUGAAUCAGAUGUAGUGAACAAAGAGCGGGCCAACAGCUACAAAACCCCCCGCACGCAGGACCUCACUGCCAAGCUGCGGAAGGCUGUGGAGAAGGGAGAAGAGAAUGUCUUCUCUGAGCUUGUCUGGAGUAACCCACGGUAUCUGAUUGGCUCAGGGGACAACCCCACCAUUGUCCAGGAAGGGUGUAGGUACAAUGUCAUGCAUGUUGCUGCCAAGGAGAAUCAGGCUUCCAUCUGCCAGCUGACCCUGGAGACCCUGGAAAACCCAGAGUUCACGCGGCUCAUGUACCCAGAUGAUGACCCGGGCAUGCUGCAGAAGCGCAUCCACUACAUUGUUGAUCUCUACCUGAACACUCCCGACAAGAUGGGCUAUGACACACCGUUACAUUUUGCUUGUAAGUUCGGAAAUGCAGAUGUGGUCAACGUGCUUUCUUCACACCCUUUGAUUGUAAAAAACCCGAGGAAUAAAUACAAUAAGACACCUGAAGAGGUUAUUUGUGAAAGAAGCAAAAAUAAACCCAUGGAGCUGAAGGAGCGGAUCAAAGAAUACUUGCAGGGUCACUAUUACGUACCGCUGUUGAGAGCAGAAGACACAUCCUCACCCGUGAUUGGGGAGCCGUGGUCAUCAGACCAGACAGCUGCAGCCUCUCACCGUCACUCAGGAGGUGGCCCCCGGGACCCUGUGCUGACCCUGAGAGCUUUCGCUGGGCCUAUGAGUCCAUCCAAGGCAGAAGAUUUUCGCAGACUCUGGAAGACUCCACCACGAGAGAAAGCAGGUUUUUUUCACAGCGUCAGGAAAUCUGACCCAGAGAGAGGCAUUGAAAGAGUGGGAAGGGAGCUAGCUCAUGAGCUGGGGUAUCCCUGGGUUGAAUACUGGGAAUUUCUGGGCUGUUUUGUUGAUCUGUCUUCCCAGGAGGGACUGCAAAGACUAGAAGAUUAUCUUGCUCAGCAGGAAUUGGGCAAAAAGGCUCCACAAGAAACAGCAGAAAGGGAAGCCUGCCUGGGGGACAGGGCCCUGGCGUCUGACAAGGGGACAAAGGGCAGCAAUUCCGUCUCCGUGGGGGCAUUUCUAGAUGAAGAGGAGGAUAUGAGCUUGGAAGAAAUGAAGAAUCAGCAAAAUGCAGCUCGAAAACUGGGCCAGCUUACAGUCUGUGCCUGGGGAGACUCAUGUGGCCCCCUUUCCUUGGAGCAGAAUGAGCAGAACGUGGCCUUGACAGAAGCCUUGGGCCCUAGCAGAGGCCCCAGAAGCAGAAAUGGGUUCCUAAGUCCCAGCAAGGACCCAGGGGGCAGCAGCCCAAAGGCCUCCCGUGCAGGAGAAGUCCUCCUGUCACCUCUCUCUGAGCUGACUGUGGACUUCGAUAAGCUGAACUUGCGAAGUCCAGAAAGCAGCUUUUCCAAGACACCAGAAAAAUACGUGGAAACCGAGGAUGACAAGAUGCCAACUCCCAGGAUGGACACAGCAGAAUGUGACUUGCUACCAUCUCCACCUGCUGCUGACAGGCUCAAAAAGAACCACAGAAGGAUGGAGCAGGAAAUGUCGGCUGAAGUUGCUGAGCUGCCCCUAGAGCCCAGCAGCCCCCCACACAAGGCCCAGGGCAGGUGUUCACCCAGGUCCUCCCCUGACUCCAGGCUCUUCCUCUUUGGGGAGAUGCCAUCCAAGCUGGACCGGGAUGUUCUGGCAGCUCUGGAACACACAGAUGUGGACCCUCGGCAGUACCCGGCCGUGCACAAAUGGAAGAGUGCCGUCCUGGGCUACUCACCUUCCGACAGGCAGAGUUGGCCAAGCCCUGCACUGAAGGGGAAGUUCAAGUCUCAGCUGCCUGAUCCACCCAGCAGCAGUCCUGGGAGAAGCCCCGUGAAGCCUGGCCACACCACCCACUCUCCCAGCCUGGGGCGCUACAGCCCUGCCCACAGGAGCCACUUCUGUAGGAUGGCACAGAUGGCCCAGCUCGCCACCCCUUAGGUCUGGGCAGCACCCGGUUCCAUCAUUUCCAAAGAAGAGAGGGUGAUGUGUUUCAUUGGUAAAAUUUUGUUAAAAGAUAUUCUGAAUAAUUUAUCCAUCCUUACCUUGAGGGUACAAGAACUUUAAAAACACAAAUGUUCUUUAUAAAAUUUACAGUUCCUAGAAAAUGUCAACAUGCCGAACACAGAGAUCCCUGGGUAGCAGUGCCUGGGUUUGAGAUGACAGAAGAGCGAGCUAGGGA